GGUCGCGUUCGGAAGCGGCCUCGUCUGCCCUGCGGCGCUGGAUCCUUGACGCACCGAGCUCGAGAGCGAGAACGAGAGAGAAAGGGUAGAAAUGGCGGCUCCACUCGGCUCCCGCUGAGGAGGGUGAAGCCGGCGGAGGGUCUGUGUGGCCGGCUUGCAGGAUCGCCCCUGUCUCGCUCCGCCUGCCGUGUCGCGCUGCUUUCCCUUCCUUUGCCCAGCCUUCGCCUGCCCUUGUCCGCGCUCCGGAGGGCCGGUCCGGCUCCUCUCCCGGCCCGCUCGGCUCCGCCAGCCCCGAGUGUCCGGCCGGCGGGUCGCCUUCCUCAGCUCUCCCGGGCGCGGCGCGGCCCCGUCCCCGGGCCGGACCAUGGUGAAUACCCGGAAGAGCUCCCUGCGGCUUCUCGGCUCCAAGUCUCCUGGGCCCGGGCCUGGGCCUGGGGCCGGAGUAGAGCCUGGGGCGGCUGGAGGCAGCAGCCAUUUCAUCUCCUCUCGGACCCGCUCCUCCAAGACCCGCGCUGCCAGCUGCCCGGCCGCCAAGGCUGGGGGAUGCGGUGGCGCCGGGGUCGCCGCGGACGAGGCCCGGAAAGCCGAAGUUGAUGGUAGUUUAAGUGACAGCCAUGUAUCUCCUCCAGCCAAACGCACUUUGAAACAACCGGAUUCUGUUUGCAAAGACAAAUCAAAAUCACGAAGUACUGGCCAGCGUGAGGAAUGGAACAUACCAGCUGGACAGGCCAGGUUAACUUCUCAGCCUGGUGCUGCAUUACCGAACGGACAUAGUGGCUUAUCCCUGCGAAGCCACCCCCUCAGAGGGGAGAAGAAGGGGGAUGGGGACCUUUCUUGUAUAAAUGGUGACAUGGAAGUCAGGAAAAGUUGUCGUUCCAGGAAAAACAGAUUUGAGAGUGUGAACCAGAGUUUGCUGUUUGAUCAACUAGUGAAUAGUACUGCUGAAGCUGUGCUCCAAGAAAUGGACAACAUUAACAUCCGGCGGAAUCGGCGAUCAGGAGAAGUAGAGCGACUUAGAAUGUGGACAGAUACAGAAUUUGAAAACAUGGAUAUGUAUUCAAGAGUGAAAAGACGAAGAAAAUCACUGAGAAGAAAUAGUUAUGGGAUACAGAAUCAUCAUGAAGUUUCUACUGAAGGAGAGGAAGAAGAAUCUCAAGAGGAGGAUGGAGAUAUAGAAGUUGAAGAGGCAGAAGGAGAAGAGAAUGAUAGACCAUAUAAUUUGAGACAAAGAAAAACAGUGGAUCGAUACCAAGCACCUCCGAUAGUACCAGCUCAUCAAAAAAAGAGAGACAACACACUGUUUGAUAUUCACAGAUCUCCAGCCAGAAGAAGCCAUAUCAGGAGAAAGAAACAUGCCAUUCAUAGCAGUGACACAACUUCUUCUGAUGAAGAACGGUUUGAAAGAAGGAAAUCAAAGAGCAUGGCAAGAGCACGAAAUAGAUGUUUGCCUGUGAACUUCAGAGCAGAAGACUUAGCUGGUGGUAUUCUCCGAGAACGAGUAAAAGUGGGUGCAAGUUUGGCUGAUGUUGACCCAAUGAACAUUGACAAAUCAGUACGGUUUGAUAGCAUAGGUGGAUUGAGCCAUCAUAUUCAUGCACUAAAGGAGAUGGUAGUAUUCCCACUGUUGUAUCCAGAAAUCUUUGAAAAAUUUAAAAUACAGCCUCCACGGGGUUGUUUGUUUUAUGGCCCUCCUGGAACUGGUAAAACCUUAGUUGCCAGAGCAUUAGCUAACGAAUGCAGUCAAGGAGAUAAAAAAGUCGCUUUUUUUAUGCGAAAAGGAGCAGACUGUUUGAGCAAGUGGGUUGGUGAGUCUGAAAGGCAACUUAGGCUCCUGUUUGAUCAGGCAUACUUGAUGAGACCUUCUAUAAUAUUUUUUGAUGAAAUAGAUGGACUAGCUCCAGUUCGAUCUAGUAGGCAAGACCAGAUCCACAGCUCUAUAGUGUCCACCCUCCUUGCUCUCAUGGAUGGAUUAGAUAACAGGGGUGAAAUUGUUGUUAUUGGUGCUACAAACAGACUUGAUUCUAUAGAUCCUGCACUCAGGAGACCUGGUCGCUUUGACAGAGAGUUCCUUUUCAAUCUGCCUGAUCAAAAGGCGAGAAAACACAUCUUACAGAUUCAUACCAGGGACUGGAAUCCAAAAUUGUCAGAUGCUUUUUUAGGUGAACUGGCCGAAAAAUGUGUUGGCUACUGUGGAGCUGAUAUCAAGGCCCUGUGCACUGAAGCUGCCCUGAUUGCCCUUCGGAGGCGUUACCCCCAGAUCUAUGCUAGCAGUCAUAAACUGCAGCUGGAUGUUUCCUCAAUUGUGCUCAGUGCCCAGGAUUUUUACCACGCAAUGCAGAAUAUUGUGCCUGCUUCGCAACGUGCUGUGAUGUCUUCAGGACAUGCGCUAAACCCAAUUAUAAGGCCACUGCUGGAAAGAAGCUUCAAUAACAUCCUAGCUGUCUUACAAAAGGUCUUUCCUCAUGCUGAAAUUAGCCAGAGUGACAAGAAAGAAGAUAUAGAAGCUCUAAUUGUAGAUGAUAGUGAAGAUGAGAAUGCUUUAUCAAUUUUUGAAACUAGUUGUCACUCAGGAUCACCAAAGAAACAGUCUUCAGCUGCUGCUAUCCAUAAAUCCUACCUUCAUUUUACAAUGUCACCUUAUCAUCAGCCAACUUCUUAUAGGCCACGAUUAUUGCUGUCUGGAGAACGAGGCUCAGGUCAAACUUCUCACCUUGCGCCAGCACUUUUGCAUACUCUAGAGAGAUUUUCUGUGCAUAGACUAGAUCUCCCAGCACUUUAUUCAGUUAGUGCCAAAACACCUGAAGAAUCCUGUGCACAGAUAUUUCGUGAAGCUCGAAGAACAGUACCUAGUAUUGUUUACAUGCCUCACAUUGGUGAUUGGUGGGAAGCUGUCAGUGAGACUGUGAGAGCAACUUUUCUGACAUUGCUGCAAGAUAUACCAUCAUUUUCACCUAUAUUUUUAUUGUCUACCUCUGAAACCAUGUACAGUGAAUUGCCUGAAGAGGUUAAAUGUAUCUUUAGAAUACAGUAUGAAGAGGUCUUGUAUAUUCAAAGACCGAUUGAAGAAGACAGAAGAAAAUUUUUCCAAGAACUCAUUCUCAAUCAGGCAUCAAUGGUGCCACCAAGAAGGAAACACACUGCUCUUUGUGCUAUGGAAGUGCUUCCUCUUGCAUUACCUUCUCCACCUCGUCAGUUAUCAGAAUCAGAAAAAAAUCGGAUGGAAGACCAGGAGGAAAAUACUUUAAGAGAGUUGCGAUUGUUUCUCAGGGAUGUAACCAAGAGGCUGGCCACAGAUAAACGCUUUAACAUCUUCAGCAAACCGGUGGAUAUUGAAGAGGUUUCAGAUUAUCUUGAAGUAAUUAAAGAACCAAUGGAUUUAUCAACAGUAAUAACUAAAAUUGAUAAACAUAAUUAUCUGACCGCUAAAGAUUUCUUGCAAGAUAUUGACCUCAUCUGUAGCAAUGCUUUAGAGUACAAUCCAGAUAAGGAUCCAGGAGAUAAAAUAAUUAGGCAUAGGGCAUGUACCCUGAAGGAUACUGCACAUGCCAUCAUUGCAGCAGAAUUGGAUCCAGAAUUUAAUAAACUUUGUGAAGAAAUUAAGGAAGCAAGAAUAAAAAGAGGCUUAUCGGUAACAACAGAACAAAUAAAUCCUCAUGGUACUGGAGCUCGAAAGACAGAAACUAGAGUUGAAGAGGCAUUUCGGCACAAACAAAGAAAUCCGAUGGAUGUCUGGCACAACUCUGCAAAUAAAUGUGCAUUUCGGGUUCGGAGAAAAUCAAGGCGACGAUCACAGUGGGGUAAAGGAAUUAUUAAGAAAAGGAAAGUCAAUAAUUUAAAAAAAGAUGAAGAGGACACCAAAUUUAUAGAUUAUGAGAACCAUACAGAGGAGAGGAAGUUGCUGGAGAAUGGAGAGUUUGAGGUAAGUACCGACUGCCAUGAGGAAAAUGGAGAAGAGACCGGAGACUUAUCUGUGACCAAUGACGAAUCAUCGUGUGAUGUCAUGGACAUGGACCAGGGCCAGAGGCUGAACAGUGGAACAAGUGUGAAAGAAAACUUCGCAUCUACUGAAGAGGAAAGUUCAAAUGAGUCUCUACUUGUCCACACCAGUAGCUCUCUCAAUCCAGAACAGACAGCAAAGAAAGAGCCUUUUCUUAAAGGCAGCUGUCUAAAUGGUGAGGCCUCCACUGACAGUUUUGAAGGCAUACCGGUUCUUGAGUGCCAGAAUGGCAAAGUUGAAGAUGUUCCCCUCUGUGAUAGCGGGGAUAAAUGUAGUUCUGAACAAAAGAUUCUCCUGGAAGACCACUCAAAAGAAAACCAAGAAACUGCAAAUGAAAAUCCUGGAGAUGAUUCUGAGAAACUAGAAGUACUGGAAUAUUGUAAUAAUGAGAAGUUAGAACCUGGCCCUGAUGUGGAGGUUAAAGAUGCAGAACUGGAUAAAGAAGGUGCUUCUAAAGUAAAGAAAUGCCGUAAAUUAAUUUUGGAGCAGGCAAAAAUGACAAGCUUGGAGCUGGUUCCAGAGGAGCCAUCUGAGCCUAUGCCACCUCUUAUAGUUGAUCGUGAGAGGUUGAAGAAAUUGCUUGAUUUGUUGGUAGAUAAAAGCAACAAUUUGGCAGUUGAUCAGCUUGAGAGAUUGUAUUCUCUUCUUAGUCAGUGUAUCUACCGUCAUCGUAAAGAUUAUGACAAAUCACAACUUGUAGAGGAGAUGGAAAGAACAGUUCAUAUGUUUGAGACAUUCCUCUGAACUUUGAAGAUGAGUGGUUUAUCCUCUUCAAUCUGCUCCUGACAGAGCAGUCUUCUGAGCCAUUCAAUUUCAAAUUGCACCAAUUAUGUGCAGAGCCUUGGUGUAAAGUGCUCUCUCACUCAUUGUUUUCUCUGUUGAAUUUGGUGCUAUUGUCUCAGGUACCUGAAACCAACCAGCCUACAAGAACCAAACAGAACUUCAGAAACAUGUUGUAUUUUCCACAAGUAAAAAAUACAACCCCACAGCUUGGAGAUUUUGGUGCUACAGAAACUGCUUUUGCCUCUGCUCCUCUUUUUGUGCACUCUCUUUCUUUGAGAUUCUCUUUAGGGAGCAGAGCAGCAAACAGGAGGAAACUGGAUGGGGCAGUUCUAACUGUGUCGAAUUGUUUAAACAGUGGGCAACUUACUUGUUUUUUGUCUUUUUUUUUUUUUCCCCCUCUUCUAUUCCUUUCAUCAUAUUCCUCUCUCUGGUAAUGGACUGAAACCUGUUUUACAGUUGGCUGUGUUAUGUUCUGGUGGGAAACUAAAGAAACCGGAUGAAAUUAGAUUAGGCUCUUUAGAACUGCCUUUAAUGUGCCUUUUUAUUCAUUUGAGAAAGAUAAGGCUAAAUGGGCUCAUUUGUAGCAAAUAAAUUAGAACAUUUUCUUUGAUCACAACCUUGAAAAUAAGUUUUGAUACUGUGUCAUUAAGAGACAACCAGUGUUUUGGUAUUAAAUGCCUGUCUUGUUCUCAGAGCUUAAUCAAGACACUCUGUAAACCACUGUAAGAUGCUAAAAUAAUUUUUUUGUUUCUUUGUAAGAAACAAUAAAAUAACAACAAAUAAUACACAGUCCACAAAAAAAAAAACCCUACAUACUUUUUUAUUGCUGACAAAUGAUGACCAGAAAAUAAACAGUGGCCAUUCUUCUGUCAGAGACAAUUUAAUAAUUAUUCAUGUUUGAGUUCCCAGAGAAAAAUUAUUUUCAUGUUUAGUAAAUUGUUUUGUUUUAAAGCCAGGACUUGCCAAAAGGACAGAAAAGAGAGGAAUUCGUCAGAAUCUCCAUAAAGUUCAUUUUCUGUAUAAUUGCAAAUGAGCUCUGGUAUGGUCCUUGAAUAACAGUAUUAAUGUUUAAAUCCCUUCCCAUAAACUUAGCUUCACAACUCUUCAUUUUGAUUGGAACCCAUUUUGGAUCUUGUUGAGUGAUUUCUGUGAAAUGUAUUUACCUGAAAUUAAUUAUGGGUUACUAGUUUUACAAAAACUUUCUACAAAUUGGAGACAUAGUCUAGGCAGUUGCAAAGAGGCAAAGGGAAUGCAAGGACAUUUUGUAUCAGAUAAUUUUUAAACAAAAUGUAGAAAAUUUUGCCAACAAGUUGGCUUGCUAUCUUCAUUUAUUAUAGCCGUUAGCUGCAGGUGUGUCUUUCCAAUAUAUGCAACACAUGUAGUUUGGGUUUUAAUUAAGGCACAUGGUCUUGGACUACUGCAGAGAUACUGAGCUACCUCAGCUUUUUGUGUUUUAGUUACCAACAGUGUUUACAGUGUCCUGUAAUCACUUUGCCACCGUUUACAUGCUGAAGCUAAGGUACUUGUCUCCUUGUCUCUGGCUGUUUAUAGUGUGCAGAAAGUACACUCUGGCCUAGGCUACUGCAGUAAUCCCAAGUGCUUCUUUGCAUUUACAUUUACCACCUUCUCAUUGUAGCUUAAUUUUUUGAAAUGCCACUUAUUUUCUUUAUGCCUAGUCUAUGAAUUUUUCAUACUAUUCAGUUAGCCAUAUAAUUCAAAAUGGCACCCAUGUGGACACACUGUAUUUUUAAGGUGGGCAAGUGUGACUAACGAUGAAUCAUUUUAAAGGGGAGGUCAUUUGAAGCCUCUAAUUUGAUUAUUGGGAAGAUUUUUGUGCUUUCUUUAGUAUUUAUUACCAUCAUACCUGUUCCAACUAUUUUACUGUCUAAUACAUUAGCAUUUUGUAUUUUGAUGGAAAUUGUUACAGAAUUUAAAGAUUUGAUGAAAUACGAUGUAGCAGAUUUUUUGUAGCAAGUUUCUGGUGAAAGGGUUUUUUGCAAGUCUCAGGUUCUUGCUGCACUAUUUUUUUUUUUAAAUAUUUAUUCCAGUUACUCUAAUUCAGAGGCAUUCUGUUCAAGUAACAGCAGCACUUGUGAAAGGAAAAAGUACAUUUCUUAGUAGAUUACUGAAUUUGUACAAGUUAAUUAAGAUUUUAGCCAUCAGUGAGUUUGAGAAGGGUAAUUUGUUUAUGUUCAGCAUUAAGAUGCUUCCAAAAGAUCAUGUUUCUGUUUUUGUUUAUCUUUAAUGGAGAUGUAGAAAUCAGAGGCAACAUCAAUGUAGAAACUGCCACUUUAAACAGUUUAGGUCUUAAGAGAAAGUCAAUCUCAUGCCAAGGAGGGAAAAAGGAGCUAAAAUUGUAGCAACUUUUCCAGCCUUCCCCCAAAAGAAACAUACUAUACCAAUUUUGCUUAUUCUACAGAUAUCUGGUGGUUCUAUAUUUUAAAACAGCUUGUGAAAUUAUCUAAGUGGACUCAAUUUUGUUUACCUUUAUGUAAAUUCUUAAUUUUUCUGUAUAGCAUUGGCAAAAGUAUGUACAAAUUGACCUCUGUUCUUAUUUCUUAUUGUGACCAUUAUAAAUGAUAAGCUCCUGUGUAAAACUGUGCUCUCAGAUCAAUGAUGUAUGUAUCACAGCACAGCCCAGCAACAGUUCAUGCUCAGCUGUGGGGACCCUGGGAGCUUUCUGAAGGUGAUGGAACCAUAUUAGGGUUGAAACUGAUGGCUGUGGAGUUAAUUGUGUUUUUGAGCUUGAAGCUUACCUGUGAUUAAUUUUUAAAACAUCCUUUCAUAACUUGAUUUUUCUCAUAUGCCAAUGUAUAGGUUUACUGGAUUUUAUUUUUAGGGAAUGGGGUGGUAAUUUCUUCCCUUUUUUGAUUAAGUUGGUUCAGCUAUGGUGCUAUCCAGUAGGUAUCUUCAGUGUCAGGUCCCGUAGCUGAAUGCCAUUGUUACUAUAAUUAUUUGUAAUCAUAUUGUAAGCUUGAAUUUGGGCUUGUAUCUGCAUCUUUUGUAUUUUGUACAUUUGGUUACUUAGACUUCAGAAGUCUUGUUUGGUUUCAGUCAUGUAUGUCUACUUUGUAGAUUAAGUAGACUUCAUCAACUAUGGUCUAUUUGGGUUUGUAGUUUAAUUUAGAAUUGUGUUAAAUUGAUGUUUUACAUUUGACUUCAUUUUACGUUAGUUUGAAGUAAAUUAUUUAAUUUUUGAAUUCUGGAACAUUUACUGUAAUUUGUAAUAUAACUGCUGUGAAAUACUUGAAUAAAGAUAAUAAGAAAAA